AUGGAGGACGUCGAUAGAUGUGAGCAGGAGCUUAUUGAGUAUGCCAUUCGAGAGAGUAUUCGAGACUUAUCAAUAGACAGUGGUGACUAUCUGAGAAUAGUGACUGCCAUCGAGCAAGGUGAUGUGUGUACCCUGCAGGAGAUGUCUGGGUUGCAGGCUUUCACAGAGAGGGACAGCAGAGGGUGGCUUCCCCUACACAGAGCCGUCGUGCAGUCCCAGGAACAGGUCUUGGAUCAGGUCCUGCUGGCUUCCUGUGAUGGGACUGUGGAUGAUGUGACUGCAGGCGGGGACACAGCAUUGAUUCUGGCUGCUCAGGAGGGUCUGCUGGAGAAUGUCAGGACUCUACUGCGGCAUGGAGCGUCUCCACACAAAACCAACAGCCUGAAUGAGUCCCCACUGCUGCUUGCGGUGAGACAGGGAUCAUAUGACAUGGUGUCCACUCUGAUCAAUUGUGGGGCCUUCGUGGAACAGGUGUGUCUGAAGAAGUGGAUGGCCAUUCACGAGGCAGCCAAGGUGGGCUGCAGUGCAAUCCUGGUGCUUCUGCUGAGACAUGGGGCCAAGGUGACAGCUGUAGAUGGGCACAAUGUCACCCCGCUGAGCAUCGCAGCAGAGUACGCCCAUGCCGAGGUCCUGGAUAUACUCAUAAAGAACGGUGGCGACGUGAACGCCCAGGCAUAUAACGGAGACACUGUUCUGUACGAUGCAGCCGGCUCAGGGAACCUGGACUGCAUAUACCUCCUCCUGCAAGCUGGAGCCAACCCUAACAUUGCCAGUCUGGCCUGCCAGCUGCCCAUACACAGAGCCGCCUAUGAGGGACACAUCCUUGCUCUGAGGACCUUCAUCCCCAUCACCACUAAGAGGGCCAUCCGUCUGUCUGGCCAGAGCCCAGUCCACUCUGCAGCAGAUGGAGGCCAUGUUGACUGUCUGGAGCUGCUCAUAGAGAACGGUUUUGAUGUCAACGCUCAGCUGGACGUACACAUCUCAGAGAGCUACGGGGACAUGAGGCGGAGUCCACUCUACUUCGCCGUAUCCAACAGUGAUAUCACCUGCACAGAGAUGCUGCUGGCCGCCGGGGCCAAAACUGACCUGGACCCGCUACGCUGCUUCCUUGUGGCUGUACGCGCUGGGAGGUAUGAGCUGGUGCGUCUGCUAUUGUCCAGGGGUGCCGAAGUCAACUGCUACUUCAGAAUGAUCAGUGACACACUGUUUCCCACCGCGUUGCAGUACUGUCUCAGAGAUCACAUGAUUCUGCGCCUGCUGCUCAACAACGGCUACGACAUAGAGAAGUGCUUCCUGUGUAACCACGGCAACGGACAGGAUAUGGACUGCGACUCCGGGUCUCACUGUCCUGUUCGCUCUCUGCUCCAGUUCUGUGAAAUCAUCUCCCUGUCGUCGGUGGUCAACCUGGCGGGGAGUGUGGUACGGAUGCUUCUGGACUACGUCAGACACCCACGUAUCUGCCCCAACCUCCUACGGGUCCUGGAGAAACAGAAAGAGUGGCCAGACAUCUGUGACAUUCUGGACAACCCUCGGUCCCUGCAGCACCAAUGUCGUUUGGUCAUUAGGAGACAGAUGACCCCUAGAAGACUGAAUGACCCACAGGUCAUGGCUACCGUCCCGUUCCCCCCGACACUCAAACACUACCUCACCUACAGGGAGUACGACGAGUAUGGUGGGUUGGAAGCCUCACACUCAUAA